AUGCGUCUGGUUUAUGUGGCUUAUGACCCACUAGAACCGGAUGUUUUUACCACCCAAACAAAGGAGCUCACAGAAACGGAGAGGCAAAAGUUGGAGGAGCAAAAUAAACGUGGCUUCGUGCCCGAGUUCAAAGCCAACAAGCUGGAAAUCGAUGCCCAGAGGAACUGGGAUAUAUUCUACAAGCGGAAUGAGACGCGAUUCUUCAAGGACCGCCACUGGACCACGCGGGAGUUCCAGGAGCUGCUGGACCAGGCGGACUCUAGCGACAAGCGCACCCUCUUCGAGGUGGGAUGCGGAGUGGGCAACCUGGUGUUCCCGCUCCUGGAGGAGCAAACCAGCGAGGAAGGUUGCUUCACAAACGGUAGAUUCUACUUCUACGCCUGCGACUUCUCACCCCGAGCCGUGGACUUUGUGCGCUCCAAUCCUCUGUACGAUCCCGCCCAGAUAACCGCCUUCCAGUGCGACAUCACGACGCAACAGGUGCACGAGCAUAUCCCGUCCAGCAGCCUGGACGUGUGCACCCUAAUCUUUGUGCUCUCGGCCAUACAUCCCCAGAAGUUCAAGGAGGUGGUGCAGAACCUGUGGAAGCUACUCAAACCAGGAGGACUGGUGCUCUUCAGGGAUUACGGGCUGUACGACAUGGCACAGUUGCGCUUCAAGCCGGGCAACAAGAUUGCCGAGAACCUCUAUGUGCGACAGGAUGGCACCCGCAGCUACUUCUUCUCGGAGGAGGAAGUAUCCAAACUAUUCCAGGAGAACGGCUUCGAGAUCAUCACGAAUGCCUAUGUCCACCGACGAACCCUCAAUCUCAAGGAAGGCGUGGAUGUGCCUCGCAUUUUCCUGCAGGGAAAGUUCAGAAAGAAUAGUUAAAUAGUUACGUA